UUCUUCCCGUCUGCGCUCGUGCUCUGCUGCGUUCAGGGGCAUUUCCCCUCUCCGAGGAGGAGCGAGUAGAGCAGCCGCGGCGCAAACUUGUUGUUCGAAGCCGCUUUUAAACGAUUUUCUUGCGGCGAAGAAACGCCAGAAAUGGCGUCCAGAUCGGCGCCGUGACGAGAGACUCUACGCGUAACCGAGCGCCGCUGUGUCCGCCCUCGCUGCGCCUCUUGAAUGCGUUUGUUGUGCGGAUCUCUGGGUGAGUAAGAGACGUCUGUUUCCUCGGGUUGGUGUUGGAGACGGUUCCCGGCGGGCCAGCGACGUCUGCCGCGGGUUCGUACGUGUCGAGGAACCGGGCCCUCGGGAGCGGCAUUCAGGCGCCAAGCCUGCGACUGAUAGCAGGUCGUUCACCUGGCGGUUAGUCGUGUUGGUCAUGGAGGCUGAUCCAGCUGCGGCAGAUGUGUGUCCGGGUCACGAAAAUCCUCCCGCAACACUGGAGCUUUUGUGUUGGCCCGGUGCGGCCGGGGAGGCGAAAAACCGCGACGUGUGUGGAGAUUCGACCGUGUUGAUGCUGUCGUUGACUCGGGAUCAGACCCAGGCAAAACCCCAACAAACAACCGCACCUGCACAACACACCGUGUUGCUUCCACCCGCGUUGUGUAACUGUGAAUUCAUGCAACACUACGGAAGUUUUGCUCCACACUUGCCUGCUGUGACACCGCUUCAGACACAGAGCCACCAAACGACUUGGCUUUAACCAAUGAAUGGAGGACCAGCUUUAGCAUGGAUUAACUACAGCGUUGGGGGGAAAGGUUUGUGUAGAGGGCAGGUGAAUUUCCUCAGGGGCCACAUGUGACUGACGUGAGGGCCUCUCAAGUCCAAAGAAGGAGGCGAGGAGGAAGAAGGUUGUUCACAUGAUGCGAAGACUAGAUGGAGAAUAAAUCAAGUGAGGAUAUUAUGCAUCAUUUGAUGUCACUUGUAAAAAUAUACCCACAAGAUGUUGGUUGGUGGUAUCUUAUUUAGUUUAAGAUUCUCAAUGUAUCUCAAAUCUGUUUUAUAUUCUGAUGUAUGUUAAACAGUCAACUGAAAAGACCAACUGUAAAAAAACAAAGCUGGCAGGUUAUGUUCCAGGCGCAGUCACAAUCAACAAAAAAUGCAGAAAAUAAAAUGGUCAGAAACGUGACGUGAUCACUUUGAUAGAGAAAGGGCCACCUCCGGCCCCUGGGCUGCACUUGGCCCUGCGGUCUGGUGUAGAUGAUGUUUGACCUGGAGCAUGCCAGUCAAAACCACUCUCUGAGAGAGACUGAAGAGGUGGUGACGUGACUCGCUGGACUCGGGUGUCGAGCUGCUGUGGGCCCUGAAACCACAGUGCUGCCUCCUGGAGUGCUCUCUUGUUGUUGUGUGUGGCCGGGUCCACCAAGGUCGCUCAGGUCAACAACUGUGUCCGUGGAUCUGCAGUGGACAAAGGUCUUCGGUCUGUUCUGUUUGAGGAGCUCCCCCCCGCCCCCCAUUAAUCCGAGCUCCUUAAAUCUGCUGCGACCACCGGUGUGGCUCAGGCAAGUGGCUUAAUCUCCCCGGGGAAGCGCAUCACUUUUAUGGGUAAAUCUGGGGGAUUAAAUCUGAUUAAGGCUCCACAGGAGGAUCCAGAGGGAGUGAAAUAAAUGUCCUCAUUUCCUCCUGCUUUUGGCCUGAGCUUCCCAGCCUGAGGAGGGCGUGGCGCCACAUGGCGGCCAGAUGUGGGGCUAAUCCGCGCCGACUGAUGCCUGCGGAGGGAAGGUUGUUGCUCGCACCGUGUGUUGGUGGGAGUCAGACCCCGCUGUGUGUCAUCGGCAGCGCUAACCACUGCUCCACCGUGCUGCCCUCAGAAGUGUACUUCAAACUCCUGCUGCUAAAAGUAGCAACAAGUGUGUCAUUUUGUGCACCUUCUUUUCCGACCCCUCCGCGGAUGUCGGCCUCUUUAGAGCAGCCCUGUUUGCUCUGGUCUCACGCCGUGGAUGUCGGGUUGUUGUCUUGAACCCAAGAUGCUGAGCUGCCAUGUCUUCAGCUGCCCUGAACUCCCCUCUUAUUCAACUGCACUGCUGUCGCUGCCUCGCUCACAUGGAACUGGAGAACACUAUAAUCAAAUAUAUACUUUUGUGGUUGAUCAAAUUCUCUCACCAUACUAUUUCUUUUUCUAAUUUCAGGAUUUCUUAGAAACAUUUUUACUCCAAGCUCUUUCUUCUCGUAGUAUUUUUUUCCCCAAAAUAAUGUACUUUUACCCCAAACAUUUCGCUUGCUUCAGCAGUAUUUUUCUUCAUGUUUGUUCAUUUAUUUAUGCCUUAGCAAAUAUAAACAUAAAUAUAGAUAGAUAGAUAGAAAGAAGCACCAAUUAUUUUCUCCUGGCUCCCGAGUCUCUUUAGUGUUGCUGUGCAUGUCAGAGGGGAAGUUUGGUGGAGAGCAGCCGGGAACAAGCCGCUCGCUGCUCUUCUCGGCCAGUGAAGUGCAGACGCCUCAGUCAAAGCUGCUGCGGGGGAGGAGACGCUCGGUGGAGGGCUGCAGAUGAAGGCUGGAAAUGUUCUUGGCAAAGUGACGCGCGCUGGCUGCCAGCGGCUCUGAGGAAGGUUUGGAAUAUUCCCUGUGUUUCAGGCCGUGAGUGAGGGAUGCUGGUGGUCCUUCCCUCGUCCACGCGUGAGCCUCCGUCCUCCUGAGGUCUGAGCAGCUUGGAGACGCCAUGAGGAAGAGGUCGAGUCUGCUGAUCGGCGGCGCCCUUGUCUGCUCUGCCAUGCUGCUGUACUUGGGCAUGAGCGGCGUGGAGUGUCCGCAGAAGAGCCACCGGCACCGCUGGAUGGAGCUGAACCUGGGACCCUUCAACCAGAGCCUGCCCGAGCACUUCCCCGAGGACACGCCCAUCAUCUUCAUCGGAGGCUUCCCCCGCAGCGGCACCACGCUGAUGCGGGUCAUGCUGGACGCACACAGGGCCGUGCGCUGCGGCGAGGAGACCCGGGUCAUCCCCCGCCUGCUGUCCAUGCGGGCCACCUGGAGCCGCUCGGUGAAGGAGAGGAUCCGGCUGGACGAGGCUGGCGUCACCGACCAGGUGCUGGACUCCGCCGUCAGGGCCUUCCUGCUGGAGGUGAUCGUGGGUCACGGCGAGCCGGCCCCUCGCCUCUGCAACAAGGACCCGUUCGCGCUCAAGUCGCUGACCUACCUGGCGCACCUCUUCCCCAAAGCCAAGUUCGUCCUGAUGCUGCGCGACGGACGCGCCACCAUCCACUCUGUCAUCUCCCGCAAGGUCACCAUCUCCGGCUUCGACCUGAACAGCUACCGCGACUGCCUGAGCAAGUGGAGCGGCGCCGUGGAGACCAUGUUCAGCCAGUGCCAGGCCACCAGCCGCUGCCGGGCCGUGCGCUACGAGCAGCUGGUGCUGCACCCGGAGCAGGAGAUGAGGAAGCUGCUGCACUUCCUGGAGCUGAAGUGGGACGAGUCGGUGCUGCACCACGAGCAGCUGAUCGGGAAGGCUGGAGGAGUCUCGCUGUCCAAAGUGGAGCGCUCCACCGACCAGGUGAUGAAGGCGGUGAACACGGAGGCUCUGUCCAAGUGGGUGGGGAACAUCCCGGCGGACGUGCUGGCCGACAUGGCGGAGAUCGCGCCCAUGCUGGCCCGACUGGGCUACGACCCGCACGCCAACCCGCCCGACUACACCCGAGCACCGCCGCCGUCACUCAACCAAACACAGAGCUUGAAGGCGACAGAGACGCCGCACCCCAGCUAACGUGAAGGCGCCACCUACUGGAGGAGCUGUGAACCUGCCCCGGACGCCGCGCCAGUGUACAUAUUUACAGAUGUAUUUUCUUAAUAAAUUAUUUUGGACUGUGAUUGUUCAUCAUGAAUGUGGAUUUUGAAAUGUUCAUCGUGAGAUUAAACAUGUCUGAACGUAACUGCUGAUGUUGUGGCGGUCGUCUUUGACA